AUGGCUCCCGUUAACCCGUAUCAGUAUUCAACUCCCAUUAAUGUGACGGCAUGGGCAGCUCCUGAUAACCCGUACCAGUAUUCAACUCCCAUUAAUGUGACGGCAUGGACAGCUCCCGUUAACCGGUACCAGUAUUCUACUCCCAUAAGUGCGACGGCACGAGUGGCUCCCGUUUCCCCAUACCAGUAUUCUACUACCAUUAAAGAGACAGCACGGACGGCUCCCAUUAACCCGUACCAAUAUUCUAUUCCCAUUUGUGAUGGCACGGACAGCUCCUGUUAA